GUUAAGUGAAACUUGGCAGGCAGUGAGUGCCCCAUCACUGACAGAAUCCAAGCAGAAUCACCAUGGAACUGAACGAAUACUCAGGAUACUGGGAGCCUCCCAGGAAGCGCUGUUGCUGUGCACGGACGGGGACACAGCUCAUACUGUUGGGGCUGGUGACUGCAGCAAUGUGGGCUGGCCUGCUGACCCUGCUUCUCCUAUGGCACUGGGACACAGAGAAGAAUCUGAAACAUCUUGAAGAUGCUGCCGUCCGGAAUGUCUCUCACAUCUCCAAGGACUUGCAAAGAUAUCAGAGGGAACAGAUGAACCAGCAGUCCCAGGCUGCUCAGAUGUCAGAGAACAUGCAAGAACUCCGAGCUGAACAGAAGCAAAUGAAAUCUCAGGCUGCUCAGAUGUCAAAGAACAUGCAAGAGCUCGGAGCUGAACAGAAGCAAAUGAAAUCUCAGGACUCUCAGCUCUCCAAGAACAUGAACAGACUGCAGGAGGACCUGAACAAUAUCAGAUCUCGGAACUUGAAUGAGAAGCGCACAGCCUCAGAUUCUCUGGAGAGACUCCAGGAAGAAGUGUCAAAGCUGUGGAUAUCGGUACAAAUGUCAAAGGGCUCUGCAUGCAACACAUGUCCCAAGAACUGGCUCAAUUUUCAACAGAAGUGUUACUACUUUGGCAAAGGUUCCAAGCAGUGGAUCCAAGCCAAAUUCACCUGCAGUAACCUGAAAGGGCAGCUUGUCAGCAUCCACAGCCAGGAGGAGCAGGACUUUCUGACCAAACACAUCAAGGAGGACUCCUGGAUCGGCCUUCGGGAUCUCUUUACUGAGGGAGAAUUUGUAUGGAUGGAUGACAGCCCGGUGGGGUAUAGCAACUGGAAUCCUGGAGAGCCCAACAACGGGGGCCAGGGCGAGGACUGUGUGAUGAUGUGGGGAUCUGGCCAAUGGAACGAUGCCUUCUGCCGCAGCUACCUGGAAUCCUGGGUGUGCGAGCAACUGGCCACAUGUGAACCAUCUGCCCCCUUGGCCUCCAUGAGCCCACUGAGUUCAGCAGAACCUGCUUCCUGACAGUCUUCUGCGUGCCCUCUUCUGGAUCCCUCCCAGCACCUUGAUCACAGGAAGAGCUGGGCCCUGAGAAUCCCCAGUCAAGUGCUGCCCGCUCCUGCCACCUCCCCAGAGGGCAUCCCUUGUUCCUCACCUGAACUGGCCAUCCCCACUGCCCUCUACCUUCCCCAAACCAGAGCCCCAGCCAGGAGACAGGCUUCUUGCCUACUGGGAUGCAGGCUGGCAGCAGAGCACCCAGGGAGCUGCAGAGAACACGGGUCUCUCACAGGGGACCCCCACAGACUUCUACAGCCCCCA